AUGGGGGACAGAGAGUCCCGGGUCACUCAGGCAAGGGCCUUUGUGUUGAAGGCAGAAGCCACAGAUGCCGACGACCCCGAGACCGACAACGCGGCCCUCCGGUACUCCCUCCUGGGCCCGGAAGGGGCGGGGAUGUUUGCCAUCGAUGAGCUCUCCGGGGAAAUCCGUGUCGCUCAAGAUGGGCUGGACCGCGAGGUGACGGGCAGUUACAACCUGACCCUCCAAGUGGCCGACAUGGCUGGAGAAGGCCUGAGCACCACAGCUGUGGCAACCAUCCACGUGGAAGACGUCAACGACAACCCUCCAGAGUUCGUGUCGGAUGAGUUCCGCCUGGAGGCCCCCGAGAACCGCCAGGGCCUGGAGGUCGGGCGGCUGACAGUGCAGGACAGGGACCAGCCGGGCUCCCCCAACUGGCUGUCCAAGUUCACCAUCCUGGAGGGGGACCCCGGGGCAGCUUUCUCCAUCCACCCCGACCCCCUGACCAAUGAGGGGGUCAUCUCUUUGGCCAAGGCCCUGGACUACGAGGAGCAGAGCCGCUACGAGCUGCUGGUCUCUGUGCAGAACCAGAGCCCCCUGCACCCCUCCGCCCCCAAGGCCACCCACGCCUUGGCCAGGGUGCAGCUGCAGGUGACGGACGCCAACGAGGCCCCCUUCUUCCUGGACAGCCCCUGCAGGGGGAGGGCGAACGAAGGGGCAGCGGCUGGAACCGAGAUCGCCCUCCUGCGCGCCAGGGACCCAGACACCCAGCAAGCCCAGCGGCUCAGCCGUCCAGCCACCAGGAGGGUCAAGCGGGCCUGGGUCAUCCCCCCCAUCAGCCUCCCUGAGAACCACCGGCGGCUGCCAUAUCUCCUUGUCCAGAUUAAGUCAGACAAGCAGCAGCCGGGGGUCGUGGUCUACAGCAUUAAGGGUCCCGGGGUUGAUGAAGAUCCCAAGGACAUCUUCUCCAUCGAUAAUCGGAGCGGCAAAGUCUACCUCAACACGGUGCUGGAUCGGGAAAAACACGAUCGCUUCCGGCUGAAGGCUUUUGCCCUCGAUUUGGGCGGGGUCCCUCUGGAAGACCCCACUGACCUGGAGAUCCUCGUCCUGGACCAGAAUGACAACCGGCCUCUGUUCCAGCGGGACGUCUUCACAGGGCAGGUGGUGGAAGGGGCCGAGCCAGGGGCCUUUGUGUUGAAGGCAGAAGCCACAGAUGCCGACGACCCCGAGACCGACAACGCGGCCCUCCGGUACUCCCUCCUGGGCCCGGAAGGGGCGGGGAUGUUUGCCAUCGAUGAGCUCUCCGGGGAAAUCCGUGUCGCUCAAGAUGGGCUGGACCGCGAGGCCUCUGAGGCAGCCAGUUGGCUGCAGGUGGACCCCGAAUCUGGCCGGGUGGAAGCCCACCAGAAAGUGCCCCCGCGGUCCACCUUCCUGGGCGGCUGGUACGUCACGCAGGUCCUGGCUGUUGAUAACGGGAGCCCUCCCCUCACAGCCACGGGGACCCUCUCGGUCGAGGUGCUGGAGGUCAACGACCACGCGCCCUCCCUCUUCCCCACCACGGGGUCGCUGUGCAGAGAAGGGGGAGGCCUGGUGCUGAGCGCCACUGACCAGGACUUGGCGCCCCACGCGGGGCCCUUCCACUUCGACCUCGGCCUCAGCAGCGCCCACAAUUGGACUCUCAGCCACCCCAACGACACCCAUGUGCUGCUGAGGCCUCCCCCGGGUGUGGCCGAGGGCCUCCACGUCCUGCCACUGCUGGUCAGGGACUCCGGCGUCCCCCCACGGGCACGAGAGCAGCUGCUGAACGUCUCCGUCUGUGCCUGCAGCCAGUGGGGCACCUGUGGGGCUGAGGCGGCUGCCACGCUGGGGGCCAGGGCAGGCCUCAGUUGGGGCGCCUUGCUGGCCAUCCUCUGCAGCGCCCUCCUGCUCCUGCUGCUGGUGCUGCUGGUGGCCGGACUGGGGCACUCCCACCGGCAGGCUCUGCAGAAGGGGCUGCUGGGCUCCUGGCAGGACGAUCUUCGCGACAACAUAGUCAACUAUGACGAGCAGGGGGGUGGCGAAGAGGACCAGGACGCCUACGAUCUCUCCCAGCUGCGUGACCCUGACCUCUUUGGGCCCCCGGCCCCCCGGGGGAAGCCCCUUCGGAGGAGGGACGCCCCCCACGGCUACGCCUUGCCCCUGCCCCUGCCGCGCUGCCCUUCCGACAUUGAGGACUUCAUCAAUGAGGGCCUGGAGGCAGCCGACAGCGACCCCAGCGUCCCCCCCUACGACACGGCCCUCAUCUACGACUACGAGGGGGCCUGUUCAGCCAGCGGCUCCCUCAGCUCCCUCCAGUCCAGCCUGGGAGACGAAGACCAGGACUACGACUACCUCCAGGAAUGGGGGCCGCGGUUCCAGCGCCUGGCUGAGCUCUACGGCCAGUAG